AUGACAGCCAUGAAGUGCCGCGGUGUCCGUCCUGAGAGUAUUGGUGCAUCACUCGUGAACUAUGCUCAGAAGGAGUUGACAAAGAAAUCCAGUUUAUGGAAUCCCUCGAACCAGACAAAAGUUGAUCUGAUAUCAACUGGGCAUGAAAGACUUGUGGUUGAGACAAUCGUUAACCUUCUGCCUGUUGAAAAACUUGCUGUUCCCAUAACUUUUCUUUUCGGUCUUUUACGAAGUGCAGUGAUGCUUGAUUGCACAAUUGCUUGUAGGCUCGACCUAGAGAGGCGGAUUGGUUCCCAGUUGGAUAUUGCAACUCUUGAUGAUCUUUUGAUCCCAUCGUUCAGGCAUGCAGGGGAUACCUUAUUUGAUGUCGACACAGUUCAUAGGAUCUUGGUUAAUUUCUCACAGCAAGAUGACAGUGAAGAUGAUAUGGAAGAUGCUUCUGUUUUUGAAUCUGAUAGCCCUCAUUCUCCUUCUCAAACUGCAUUGUUUAAAGUGGCAAAACUGGUCGAUAAUUAUCUUGCUGAAAUAGCCCCAGAUGCAAAUCUCAAGCUUUCCAAGCUCAUGGUCAUUGCAGAGACUUUACCAACGCAUGCACGUACUGUUCAUGAUGGAUUAUACCGAGCAAUUGAUAUUUACCUAAAAGCUCAUCAGGGUUUAUCAGAUUCAGACAGGAAGAAGCUCUGCAAACUGAUUGAUUUCCAAAAGCUCUCGCAAGAAGCUGGCGCCCAUGCUGCACAAAAUGACCGGCUUCCCCUUCAAGCUAUAGUGCAAGUGCUCUAUUUUGAGCAAAUAAGGCUCAGAAACUCGUUGUGCUGCUCUUAUGCUGAGGAUGACCACAAGCCAAUGCACCAGUCAUGGCGAAUCAGCAGUGGUGCGCUAAGUGCAGCAAUGUCUCCGCGAGACAACUAUGCAUCACUAAGGCGAGAAAACCGAGAGCUAAAACUUGAGCUGGCUCGGUUAAGGAUGAGAUUAAAUGAUCUGGAGAAAGAACAUGUUUGUAUGAAGAGAGAUAUGCAAAAGUCACAUUCUCGUAAAUUCAUGAGUUCUUUCUCAAAGAAAAUUGGUAAGCUAAGCAUCUUUGGGCAUAGUUCCUCAAGGGGGUCAAGUUCUCCAUCAAAAAAUUCCCAUAGAACAGAUUCUAGAGUGAUUGAGAGAACAUGUGCCAGCACUGACUAG